AUGAAUAAUUUGUUAGAUCCUACAAAAUCAAAUGAAUUAAUUUACAAAGGAUUAUCCCAACACAAUGGUAAUUUGAAUCAGAUUUCCUCAUCAUCCAGUAUAAUCAUUGAAGAUCCAUCAUACCAAACUAUUGACUCGACUGUAACCAGUCAAAACGAGACUGAAUCGUUAAUUCACUGUAAUUCAGGAAAUAAAAGUCUAACUAGUUUGCAAAUAUCUCUGAAUAACUCACUAACAGAUUGUCUGCCUGAAAUGUACCAGCCUAUAAAAAAUGAUGGAAGGAAGUAUAAGUAUAUCAAAAAUACUUCAAGACUUAAUUCAUUCAAGUCAGGUCUUCAUUCUUUGGAUGAUAAAGGUCAUAAUUCAUCUCAGCUUCCUGAAAGUACAAUUGGCUCACCAGAUAAUACUUUAUUUGAUUCUUUUAAACAUUUAUCAAUUUUGGAUCCUGUGAAUUUGAAAGCUGUUUACCAACGACACGAUCCGGAAUUUACCAAUUCUUCUAUGAUCUAUCAAAAUCAACCAAACAAAUCAGAUUCUCUUGAUAAUCUUAUCCAAAAUUUAAUGCCAACUCAAAAUAAUCCUUCUUCAUCUGGUGUACGUCGUUUCAUUCAUACAUUUCUGUCUUCAGCCAUGGACCUAAAGGUGUUUGGUGAACCAGUUCCAACUUAUGAACACCCUCAACUAACAGUGUGUAAUGAAAGUUGUGUUAAAAUUUUAAAGCGUUUUCAUACAUCACAAUCCAAAUUAAGUGAAUUAACAUCCAAUUUUAAUGAUUUUACUCGACCACCUGGAUCUAUCUGUCAGUUAUUGCUUGCUAAUCCAGACAUUUAUGUUAAUGAUCGAGAAUUCACUUCAAUUAUUGCUUUCGCAUUGACUACACCUGAGUAUGAACGAAAACUAGUGGACUUGCAUUCUACACUUCAGGGGCCGAUACAACUCAGUUCAGAUGUUCAGUUGGGUCAGUCAGCACUUGCUAAUUUUAGAGAUGAUGAGCCACUUAUUGCAAAUAUAAAUGUAACAGAUACUGGAAGUGUGGGGAAAAACGAAAAAUCAACUGUCAUUUUAAAUAAUGAAGUAUCUGUUGCUAUUCCAACGGACUAUGAUUCGCCUACGAAAUCAGAUAUACACCAAGGGGUGAACAGUCGAAUCUCAUCGUCAUCUAACUUGAAUACAUCUCGAGAUCAAAAACAACCAGGACUUGUGUCUGCUUCACCUAGCUUGCCGACUGGAAAUCAUCUCCCACCGGUCGGAAGUGACAAGUCGAAUGUAUCUCGAAGUCGUCAUAUAAAAAUUCAAUUUUCCGAUAGCUCAACCAAUUUCUUUUGUUGUAUUUAUUAUGCUGCGGAGUUUUUUCGCUUACGCCAACUUGUAAUGCCCAAUGGAGAUAUGUCCUUUAUACAGUCUUUAUCAAGGUGCUAUCAUUGGGAUGCACGUGGUGGUAAAUCGGGUUCUUUAUUUAUGAAAACUCGAGAUGAACGAUUUGUAAUCAAGGAACUGUCUUCAAUUGAAAUGAAAACUUUUCAUGAAAUUUCUCAUGAAUAUUUCGACUAUCUAAUUACAUCAGCACUCGAUCAACGUCUUUGUGUUUUAUCACGAAUACUGGGUAUAUUUCAUGUUGGAUUCAAAAAUUCCGCUUCAGGUGAAGCACAUCGAUUUGAUGUGCUCGUAAUGGAGAAUUUAUUUCACGGUCGUACACAAUUAGCAUACAUAUACGAUUUAAAAGGUUCAUUGCGCAAACGGUUAGCAGAUGAAUCAUCCAAAAGCAUUAAAAUUAGUACAAAUGGUAUUACUCCUAACGUAGACACUGCUCAUGAAAUUGAUGAGAAUAUGUCUUAUACUGAUAGUUCACCAUCUGGAUGUAUCACGUCAAUAGGAGAUAAUGAAUUAUCCUCAGAAAUUUUUAAUCAACGUAUACCUGUUCUGUUAGAUCAGAAUUUAUUGAAUGCUUCUAUAGAUAAUCCAUUAUAUUUGAGAGUACAUUCAAAGAAUGCUUUGUCGCAUUGUCUCAAUAUGGAUACAACAUUCUUAGCCAAUCUGUUCAUUAUGGAUUACUCCUUGCUGGUUGGUGUAGAUACAUCAACCAAUCAACUUGUUGUCGGACUAAUUGAUUAUCUACGUAAAUUCACACUUGAUAAACGUUUAGAAAUGAUUAUUAAACAGACUAUUACUAGUGCACAAGGACCGAUGCCAACUAUACUUACACCAGACCUUUAUCGUGAACGCUUUCUUUAUCAAUUGCAUAGUUAUUUCCCUUGGUACCUGAUCAAUGGUAUGAUAGUUUAG